CAGCAGCAGCUCUUCUCCUCUGUGAUCGUAGAGGAAGAACAUUUCCUAAGCGCGUCUCUUCCAACCGCGCGUUCACGAUACCGGCACACUCGCUGCAUGAUGGCCGAGGGAGGCGGACCCGAGUCGGGUGGCGCGGCUGACUCCGACUCGGAGCCGGUAGCCGCUCAAAUGCCAACCCCUUCAACGGAAAAUCAAAAACAGACUAUCGGGUCACUUUUGAAAACAACUCUCAGAAAAGGCGACGAAUGGUAUCUUAUAGACAGCAGGUGGUUCAAACAAUGGAAGAAGUAUGUGGGAUUUGACAGCUGGGAUAUGUACAAUGUUGGCGAACGUAGCCUCUAUCCAGGACCAAUUGAUAACUCCGGGCUGUUCUCAGACCAGGAGACUCAGGCCCUGAAAGAGCACCUUAUAGAUGAGCUGGACUAUGUCCUUGUACCCACUGAGGCAUGGAAUAAGCUUGUCAGCUGGUACGGCUGCCUAGAUGGCCAGAGACCUAUCGUCAGGAAGGUUGUUGAACAUGGCAUGUUUGUCAAGCACUGUAAGGUGGAGGUCUAUUUGCUGGAGCUGAACUUGUGUGAGAAUGACAACAUGGACAACGUGGUCACACGUCACUUCAGUAAAGCCGAUACUAUAGAUACUAUAGAGAAGGAGAUGAGGACGCUAUUCAAUAUCCCAUCAGAGAAGGAGACACGGCUCUGGAACAAAUACAUGAGCAACACCUACGAGCAGCUGAACAAGCCAGACAGCACUGUACAGGAUGCUGGUCUCUUCCAGGGACAGGUGCUUGUGAUUGAGCGGAAGAAUGAGGAUGGCACGUGGCCCAGACAAGCCUCCCAUCCCAAAUCCAGUACAACACCAUCCAGGAAUUUUACUACCUCCCCAAAACUUUCCUCCAACUCAACAGCCAGUAUCUCGUCAACAGUAACCAAUGGAGACAGCACCUGUAGCCCUGGCUACACGCUCAACAACAGCACCUCCUCUGGCAACAGCAGAUUGGGAGGCUACAAUUCGUACAGCUCCUCCUACAACUACAGAGAGUCCCAGUCGCAGCCUGGUCUAUGUGGUCUCAGUAAUUUGGGCAACACAUGCUUCAUGAACUCUGCCCUCCAGUGCCUGAGCAAUGCCUCUCCACUCACAGAGUACUUCCUCAAUGACCAGUACGAGGCAGAGAUUAACCGAGAGAAUCCCCUGGGGAUGAGGGGCGAGAUUGCCGAGGCCUAUGCUGAUCUAGUAAAGCAGAUGUGGCUGAGCCGCAGCAGCUAUGUGGCCCCACGUACCUUCAAAACCCAGGUCGGGCGCUUUGCCCCACAGUUUUCGGGCUACCAGCAGCAGGACUCGCAGGAGCUGUUGGCCUUCCUGCUGGAUGGGCUCCAUGAAGAUCUGAACCGUGUCAAGAAGAAGCCUUACCUGGCCCUGAGGGAUGCAGAGGGCCGUCCAGAUGAGAUUGUUGCUAAGGAGGCCUGGACGAACCACCGCUUGCGCAAUGACUCUAUAAUAGUUGAUAUUUUCCAUGGCCUCUUCAAAUCAACUUUGGUGUGCCCAGAGUGCUCCAAGGUGUCUGUAACCUUCGACCCAUUCUGCUACCUCACACUGCCUCUACCCAUGAAGAAAGACCGUACUAUGGAGGUGUUCCUGGUGCGGUCAGACCCUCAGUCUAGACCCACACAGUAUCGAGUGGUGGUCCCCAAACUGGGUACAGUGACAGACCUGUGCAGCACCUUGUCCAAACUCUGUGGUUUCCCUCCAGAAAACAUGGUGGUGGCUGACGUUUACAAUCAUAGGUUCCAUAAAAUUUAUAGACGAGAUGACGGCCUCAACCAAAUUAUGGAAAAAGAUGACAUCUUUGUGUAUGAGGUACAGGAAGAGGACAGCGAGAGGAUGAACCUGCCAGUGUAUUUCAGGGAGCGCCACUCCAAGCAUGCUGGAAGCUCCUCAAGCACCAUGCUGUUUGGCCAGCCUUUACUCAUCACCGUGCCCAGACAAAACCUCAUAGCAGACAUUCUUUAUGACAAGAUCUUGGAGCGGAUUGGACGCUAUGUAAAACACUCCCAGAUCCCUAACAGUGAAAGCAGGGCCUCAGCGUCGGCCACCUUUGCCAGCUGCAGCCAGGCUCCUGAAUGUUCCACGUCGUCUAGUCUCAAUGCCAGCCUGGGUGGCUGUGGCAGCCCCCUGUCAGACGGGGCCUCCUGCAGUGCCAGCUCCAGUAACGGCAGCAACCACUCAGGGACCUGCAAUGAAACUAAUGGUGUAUAUGAUGGUGAGGAGGAGGCCAUGGACCACCAGGUGAGUCCAGAGCCAGAGAACGGCCACUCUGAAGAGGACGAAGAGGACACCUCUGAUUUGGAAAAUGGAUCUAAAAGAGACGUGGCCAAGCAGUGCUCUUCUCCAGCCAAGCUCUUCACUUUCAGCAUAGUCAACUCUUACGGAACAGCAAACAUUAGCCCGCUGCCUUGUGAUGGAAAUGUCCUCAAACUCAAUCCACAUUCCACUGUGGCAAUCGACUGGGACACAGAGUCAAAGAAACUGUGUUAUGAUGAACAGGAAGCUGAGGCCUAUGAGAAGCAUGAGAGCAUGCUCCAACCCCAGAAAAAGAAGGCCACUGUGGCUCUGAGGGAAUGCAUCGAGCUCUUUACUACUAUGGAGACGCUUGGAGAACACGACCCAUGGUAUUGUCCAACAUGUAAGAAACAUCAACAGGCCACAAAAAAAUUCGACCUGUGGUCGCUGCCUCGCAUUCUGGUAGUUCACCUAAAGCGUUUCUCCUACAACCGGUGUUGGAGAGAUAAGCUGGACACAGUGGUGGACUUUCCCAUCAGGGAUCUGAACAUGUCCGAGUUUGUGUGUGACCCCAAGGCCGGCCCCUACAUAUAUGACCUCAUUGCCGUGUCAAACCACUAUGGAGGAAUGGGAGGGGGUCACUACACAGCUUAUGGCAAGAAUAAAGUGGAUGGAAAGUGGUAUUACUUUGAUGACAGCAGUGUCUCCUCUGCCACAGAGGACCAGAUUGUGACUAAAGCAGCCUACGUGCUGUUCUAUCAGCGCAGAGACGAGGAAGCCCCCUCCAAACCUCAGCCUUCGGCCUCGCUGGGGGGAGCCCCGGAAGCCGCUGAUGACCACAUGGACACAAACUGAGGAAUCCCGGCGAAAGGGACACGCACUGAAACACAUACAGCAAAUAGAGACACUCGGACGCACACACAAAGCUACUUUAGUGACAGAGGACUCCACAGACUUAACAUUGUUAACCCUACCUUCCCCCGUAUUUUAUUUGAUUUCUGUCUCGUAUGUUGUCAACUAGAGCCAACAGCCUUGUCAGAAGAGUGAACUGAGAGACUUCCUCUCUGCAGCGGGUGGCCUACUGAUUCCUAAACAUAGUUUACUAGUCUGGAACUAAGGAGUAUAAAUGGAUAUAAAUCCUCUCACUGGAUGAACAGAAUGUUAGAAGUGCCCUCAAAUGCGUAGAUAAACAAAUGUUUCUGUUGCUCACAACAACAGUCAGAAAUAUUAAAGAAAAAAAAAAAAGCCAAAUUCAAACAAUGUUUCAACCAAAGCGUUCAAAGGUAUUUAUAAUUAAAAAUGAACCAACUGAUAAGACAUUAGCAGGUUACUGGCAUUGUGCCUAGACACAUCUUGCUGUGCUGAGGUAAAGGCAAACUUUACCAGUGCAGUGUGCACUCCGAACAAUACACGCCAUGCUCGUUGAAAGAAUCCUGUGACCUUAUUCCACCAGUGUAGAGUGGAUCACUGAUGGGGGAUCUUGCUGCAGCUGCAGACUAGCUGCGGCAGUUGUGCUGUGUUGCACAGAGGGGGGAUGUCUCGUUUCAAGGUUUUAAGAUCUGCGUCUUGACAUGAAGGGUGGCAGAAGCAGUUUUUCAACAUCGCCCUUGUUCAGCCAUCUUUUUGUUUUGUUUUUUGUUCUUUGACGCACAGUACGGGCUCAACUGUCUCUCGGAUCCUAAACCUAUGAGAGGAGUCUCACCCUGCUAAUGAUUUUUAUUUUUAUUUUUUUGUAAUCACAAUGCAAAAGCGGCCUUUUGAUUCCUGCAACCUAACUAAAAAGGAGGCACUUUGAAUUCUCCAUGAGUACAUUAUCUACCUGCUUCUGGUGUAUCUAGGCAGAUUUGUAUGGUUUGGCCUUAGCAUUAAGGGUUAUGGUCUGUCAUACACUUCCAGAUCAUUUUAAUGUGUCUUAUAAGCAUAUUUUGAUUGCUGCCUGAUUGGACCCCUAGCUCACCUGCAAUGGCUUGUCCUCAUUAGUCUUGUACAUUAAUGCAGCUCUGUAUUGAAAUGGCUAUGUUAUUUGAUAUCUUCAAAGCACACUGAGUGAAGCAAAAUAAACUAGUAUAAAAGUGGUGCUUUAUUCAUGAAACUUGAACUUGAUCCUUGUCAUGAGGAACAAUAUACACGUGUCAUCAGAUGGGGUCAGGACAGCAGUACCUUAACGGCAUUCUCACUGAAGCCAAUAGUUUCCCUUCCACUGACAACUACUCAGCUGUUUAGUAAAAGAUGAUAAAAUAGUUGUAAGAUAAGACAAUAAUCCCUUUUGUUUUAUCUCAGUGGAGUCUUUAUAGACACACAAUGGUCACAGGAAGCACAGCUAUAACAGGUGUCUUGUGUGACUGAGUAUAAAAUAGAAUACAUUUACUUAUACUCAGUCUCAAGGGUCUUCUUGUGAAACCAGAUGACACUUAGUACUUGAUAAGUCUUGUUCUGUGGCAUAAAUUCUACUCUUGUUGCAUAACAGCAUGUUGAUAUGAAGGGCUGCCAAGUGGCCCUUUUCACUGGUUGGUCCUGCCAUCAUUAUGUCCUUCAGAGAUGACUACCUAAAUAUAAUCAUUUAUGCCUAUAUGACUAGAAAAGCUUUACACCAUAUCUGUAAUCCUAGAUACUUAGUUGAAAACAAAAUUCAGCUGCCAAGUGCAGCGAAUCUUGUUUUCUUCCCCCUAAAUCAUGACAGCAAUUCAAUUUCAACAAUAACCGAAGAGAUGUAAAUAAUCACACUAUUGAAAAUAGGUGUAUAAAUUCUUGUCCUCAUAUUUAUCUUAUUGCCGAUAUCUACAGUAUUUGUUUUUAACUGAGAAAUAUUUGAAUUCAAAGUACAAUAAAGACUGGAAGCCU